CUUCUCUCUACAGUUCAACAUCACACUUCUCUCCUCUACAGAUCAACAUCACACUUCUCUCUACAGAUCAACAUCACACUUCUCUCUACAGUAACAUUUCAUGUUUAUCCAACAGAGACGCUGAUUGUUCCGGUUGGGAACACUAGACCUGGGAAGAACUUGACAGCGCUCCAAAACCCAAACAUGACCGAACAAAAUAAAAAGGUCCGGAUUGUUCUGGUUGGGAAGACUGGAGCUGGGAAGAGCGCAACAGGAAACACCAUCCUGGGGACAAAAGCUUUUAAAUCCAAAAUGGCCUUUAUUUCUGUGACAUCAACAUUGGAUAAGAAAAAAGGAGAGAUGAGAGGGCAAAGUGCAGCUGUUAUCGACACACCAGGCUUGUUUGAAACAAAGUUAACACGAGAUAAGGCACUGAAAGAGAUAUCACAGUGCCUGCUUUUCUCCGCUCCUGGUCCCCAUGUGUUCCUGGUUGUUCUCAAGCUGGGAAGAUUCACUGAAGAGGAACAGAAAACUGUGGAGAUGAUUCAGACAUUAUUUGGUGAUGAAGCAUCCAAAUACACCAUGGUUCUCUUCACACAUGGAGACCUUCUUGAUGGUGUAACAAUAGAAGACUUCCUGCAUGGAAAUCCAGAUCUGGAACGUUUAAUUGCCAAAUGUAAUGGGGGAUAUCAUGUCUACAAAAACAAAGAUCAGAAUCCCUCCCGGGUCACUGAGCUGCUUGAGAAGAUUAACAUGAUGGUGAAGAUGAACGGAGGAAGAUACUACACCACUGAGAUGUUCCAAGAGGCAGAGAGAGAGACUGAACAAGAGAAAGAGAGGAUCCUGAAAGAGAAUGAAGAGCUGAGAUGCAGAGAGAUGGAGGAACUCAAGGCAAAGUUUGAAGGAGAAAAGCUGACGAGGAACCAAGAAGAGACGCUGAUUGUUCCGGUUGGGAACACUAGACCUGGGAAGAACUUGACAGCGCUCCAAAACCCAAACAUGACCGAACAAAAUAAAAAGGUCCGGAUUGUUCUGGUUGGGAAGACUGGAGCUGGGAAGAGCGCAACAGGAAACACCAUCCUGGGGACAAAAGCUUUUAAAUCAAAAAUGUCCUCUACUUCUGUGACAUCAACAUGUGAAAAGAAAAGAGGAGAGGUGGGAGGGCAACAUGUAGCUGUCAUCGACACACCAGGCUUGUUUGACACCAAGUUAACACAGGAGGCGGCACUGAAAGAGAUCUCACAGUGCCUGUUUUACUCCGCUCCUGGUCCCCAUGUGUUCCUGGUUGUUCUCAAGCUGGGAAGAUUCACUGAAGAGGAACAGAAAACUGUGGAGAUGAUUCAGACAUUAUUUGGUGAUGAAGCAUCCAAAUACACCAUGGUUCUCUUCACACAUGGAGACCUUCUUGAUGAUGUAACAAUUGAAGACUUCCUGCAUGGAAAUCCAGAUCUAGAAAGUUUAAUUGCCAAAUGUAAUGGGGGAUAUCAUGUCUUCAAAAACAAAGAUCACAAUCCCUCCCAGGUCCCUGAGCUCCUUGAGAAGAUAAACAAGAUGGUUGAGAUGACUGGAGGAAGUCAUUUCACCACUGAGAUGUUCCAGGAGGCUGAGAGAGUGAUUGAAGAGGAGAAGAACAGGAUCCUGAAAGAUAACGAAGAGCAGAGACGCAGAGAGAUGGAAGAACUGAAGGCAAGGUUUGAAGGAGAACGUCUAAAAGAAGAAGUAGAGAAGCUGAAGAGAAAACAGGAAGGUGAAGCUAGAAAGAACGCUGAGAAUACAAACCGCUUAAGGACAGGUGCCGGAAUCGGAGCGAUUGUGGGAGUAGUUGGAGGCCCAAUCGGUAUGGCAGUUGGUGCAGCAUUGGGAGCUUCAGUGGGAGCUGUAGUAAAUGCAUGUAAAUUUCAAUGAGAGUCCAUAGCUAACAGUGCUGUACCUUCUACAAGUUGUUUGACUUUAUUACUUGAUAUUUAAAGCUUCCUCUAUAUACACCAAGUAUACCAAACAUAUACCAACCAAGCUCUUCAGCCAAGCUAGAGAACACCAGACAUGAAUUCACAAUUUACAGGAUAGGACGCUUGCACAUGUAUACUAGUCGUAACUACUUACAGCAUGAACAUAAAGAUAGAUCUGGGUAUUAUACUAGUCGUAACUACUUACAGCAUGAACAUAAAGAUAGAUCUGGGUAUUAUACUAGUCGUAACUACUUACAGCAUGAACAUAAAGAUAGAUCUGGGUAUUAUACUAGUCGUAACUACUUACAGCAUGAACAUAAAGAUAGAUCUGGGUAUUAUACUAGUCGUAACUACUUACAGCAUGAACAUAAAGAUAGAUCUGGGUAUUAUACUAGUCGUAACUACUUACAGCAUGAACAUAAAGAUAGAUCUGGGUAUUAUACUAGUCGUAACUACUUACAGCAUGAACAUAAAGAUAGAUCUGGGUAUUAUACUAGUCGUAACUACUUACAGCAUGAACAUAAAGAUAGAUCUGGGUAUUAUACUAGUCGUAACUACUUACAGCAUGAACAUAAAGAUAGAUCUGGGUAUUAUACUAGUCGUAACUACUUACAGCAUGAACAUAAAGAUAGAUCUGGGUAUUGCACAUUUGAGAGCACAGAAUUGAAUAGUUCCCUCAGUAAAGGUGAAAGUUAAGUGUAUUUCUGCCUGUCAAGCUAAAAAGCUAUAUGCUACUGUAAGAUUAAUUUACAGUCACAGCUCACAUUGCUGUCUCAGAAGCAUGAUGAAUGGAGAUGAACUAUUUAACUAUUGUUAUUCAUGUCAUAGUUAUUUCAUCACACAAUAAAAUGAAGGUCCACUGAAAAUUCCUCCCUAUCUCCUUAACUGCUUCCUUUCCUUGCUAUAAUCUAACUAGUACAGGGCAUAGGGAGAUGGAGAUACAAGGUAUGCAAAGGGAACAUUGGACAAUAUAAUGUAUUUAGCUGGAUAGAACCCCACUGGACUAUUUACACUGAACACUUGGAGAAAGACAUCUAUAUGGUCUUCUUACUGUAGAAACAAGUCAUGAGAGAUGGAAAGAAUUGUGUUACACCACAAGGCACAUUCAAAGGAAGACUGCAGAUGUAAAUUAGAUGUUAGCUAAAUCAUUGAAACGCAUCACCACUUC